GCGCGCACAAAGAAAACUACACAAAAAACAUGAUCGGAUGAUCGAGGGGCUGGCAGAUGGACUGAGAAGCCGACACAACUCAUUUUCAGAAGUAUAAUGAUCGCUUCUAAAACAUUACACUCUUAAGAAAACGGUAACCGAGCACUUAGUGUGGCUGACUSAUAAUUUCUUUGAUCUACAUAAACAUGAAACCACCGAUAGUUUUCAGUCCUAUCGUGAACCGCGCUCGCAAGUUCUURAAAAUUGGGAAUCGGGAUGAGAAUAGCYCUGGGCGACAGACUUAUAAAGGUAUAAGCUUCGCAAACGACGUYUACCAGCAGACUUGCAAGCCAAUAGAGACUAUAGACAACGGCUCAAGAAGGAGCUCGAUUAGUUCAUGGUACAGGAACUCAGCGUCUAACGUCCCGGUAGACGAACAAAGUCUAAGUCCACGUUCUUCUGUUAGAGUGUAUGAUUCUCURUGGGGCAGGAAAUCUGAACGUAAAAUAUCGGCUGCGAAAUGUAAUGAUUACGAAGAGGUUGAUGAAUUCAGCGAGCCGCCUAAAAUGGAUGAAGGAAUUUUUACAUUCGAGUUAAUUAAACCCCCCAAUGGCUACCUGGGAYUGGUUCUAGUUGGAGGCACAGACACCCCRCUCCAAAAGCACUACAUUAAAGAUAUUUUACCCAAUUCCACCGCGUCCAAAGAUGGUAGCUUACGGAUUGGGGACGAGAUAAUCGAAGUGAAUGGUCACUCUCUCCGUGGACGGACACACAGCUUAGCUCUAGCUGUCAUCCAYUCKUUACCUCCUCUUAUCAAAAUCGUCAUCGAGAGAUCAAAAGACGCAAAYCGRUCAAUUCUUUCAUCGUGYUUGUAUCAAGAGGAUUUUGAGAAAGUUAAGGCAGGCGCAGAUCCGAACAUCACUUCACCUAAAGCGCGCACGCGCAAACGAAGUGUCCUCCAAGCUGCCAACGAUACAAGCAUCAUYAAUAAAUCYGUGAACAGCGUCAUUAACAUCCAAAGAACUGGUUCUAGUGCWAGUAYAAAACCUGCUAAACUGGUCAGACGGGAAUCACGAUGUACGUCAUUCAUAGGUGAUGAUGACAGCGAAGAUGAUGAUGAAGGCAUUACGUUUGAGUGYGAGGAGACAAAAAGUGUUAAGGAGGGAGGAGUCCCUGAGGAGAGUAGCGACUAUGACGAUAGGCUGAGCAUGUUGAGCAAUACAUCAGCGUGGUGUGCGAGACAGUUGAUGAACAGCAAGGCAGAAGACCAGACAUCGAAUCAUCAAGAUGCAGACAGCAUGACCGACUCAACCUCCGUAUUUUCUAUGAGUACGUUAUCAGAUAGCCUACCUCCCCCUUACACUGAACAAGAACCUCCUCAAGAACAAUCCUCCUUUACKCGUUAYGGSUCACUUAGGAGGUCGUCACGAAGGGUGGUAACAGAGUCCAUAAUCGAGGUGGGUUCGGAUGAAGAGGGAGAAAAGGUACAWGAGGAACCAGCAAUGUUUUUACGUCGAGGGUCCUUAAGAGCUCGAGGGAGCUUCAGUCUCAGGGGAACUGCUGGUUGCGAAGAAAGUGAAGACGAAAGAACAACAUGGCCGACCACCGCACGCAGACAAAGGACCUCAUUGAACUGGGACACUUUUGUACCACCUCCAAACAAGCCCCUCAGAAGAAGUAACUCUGCUUGUGUAAGGAGGCCCUCGUCGAUGUACGCUGCAGAUAAUGUCCCUACGUCCACUACACAAUCAACAAUCGCCGAGGAACCGAAUAACUCAAAUCCACGUAAAUUACAAMGGACAAAUAGCGGGAGGUUCAUUGACAAAAGAACAAUGACAACUAAAGUCUACCGGGUACCAAAUACCGGGCAAUGGCCCUUAACGAUUGCCGGAGGAUCGUAUUCCCCGUACGGGGAUUUACCAAUACACGUCUUACACAUACAGGACUCUUUGUUUGCCGGGUUGUUGAAAGAUGGCGACGAAAUAAUUUCAUUCGGAGGAGAAAACUUUAGCAAUGUUACGUUUUUGGAAGCGGACAGGAAAAUGAAAAACAUUGAAGGCAAUUGCGUUACGGUGAUAGCCAAACGUAAAUUUCUACAACGUAAGAAAACRCAAAUUUGYACGACUUACGCAGACGCAUGGAAUGAACAGGCUCGUUCAGCAAGACGGCUGAAAACGAGACCYGAAUCUUUGUAUUGUUAAUGACAAUAGUUUARUUUACAUACUACACUGACAAGCCUGUUUCACAGGAAUAACGCAAGCACAAGCAUAAACAGAGACGUAGUAAACAWAAAAAGCAAACUCAAAAACAAACUCGGAUAACUAGAACCAUAAUCACAAUCACAAGAAAAUGAUUCCUUACGUACUGUUAACGUUUGCGCUUGCGUUUCUUGGCACAUUUAUCAAGCAUGCGCAAAUAUUCUUUGGCUUCGUUUUUCUUUUUCGGUCGUCACUCCAGAUCCUUUAUCUGUGUACUGAUACUCGACGUUUAGCCCGCUUUGCACUGUGGUAGGAAGGUAUUUAUCGCAUGGUAGCACGAUGCGUGUAUCCGUGACAAAAUACGCAGUAUAUGCACAUAUGAGAUCUGCAAACAAAUUUCUUUAUUUUCUAGUAUUGUUUUAUUAUCUAUUUGACAUACGUAGACUUAGGACAAAGGGCUUUUAUCAUGCAAACAGCCAAGCAAAGCCAAAGUGAAUGAGUAACUAGCACACAACCCGAUCAAAUAAAACAACCGUAGUAUUUUAAAUUUUCACAUUCUUUAGCUACAAUAGAAUCAAAAAUAUGGGAUCUGUUGCUAUUUCUCAUUUGCGUUUCAGUAAAUGUAACUUUUCUGAGACGUUGA